AUGGCGCACUCAAAGCGCAACACCUCCCUUCCACAUUUCACCGCGUACGAGCGUGGCCUCCUCCGUGAUAGCUGGGGCUCAAAACGCAGCGUAAUCGGUCGCGACUCCUUCCUCCCCUUCGCAUCCUGCAAACUAUGUCUUCAACCAGCCCGCGCACCCGUCGUAGGCUGCGCAACAAACGGCGACCUGUUCUGUCGCGAAUGCGCGAUCAAUGACCUACUCGCCCAACGACAAGAGAUUAAGCGUCUCGAGCGCGAGCGCGAAGAUGCCAAAAAGCGAAUUGCCGAGGAUGAUAAGUUAGUGCUAGAAGAAGCUAAGAAGAAAGAGUUAGCGGAUUUUGAGCUCGUUUCUAUGGGGCUUGAAGCGGGUUCAAAGCCUAAGGGGAUGAAGCGGAAGGCGGAGGAGGAGGCUGUUGCGGCGUUCAAGGCUAGGGAAGUUGUUGUUGAUGGGAAGCGGAAGAAGAUUUUUGAGCUUGAUGAGGAGGAGAUGAAGAGGGUUUCGAGAGAGGAGCAGGAGAGGCUGAAGGAUGAGUUGAAGAAGCAGAAAUUCGAGUCGAGCAAGUCUGCGUUGCCGUCUUUUUGGGUGCCGUCUUUGACACCGAAUACGGAUGCGGAUGAAAUUGCUGCGAACAAGGCUGUGAAGCUGGCGCCUAUUUGUCCUGGGUCUUCGGAGACGAAUCGACAUACUUAUUCGCUCAAGGCUCUGGUUGAGGUGAAGUUUACGGAGGAAAAGGGUUCAGAUGGAUCUACGUCUCGAGUGUGUCCGAGUUGCAAAAAAGCUCUUAGCAAUGGGCUCAAAGCUAUGCUCACUAAACCAUGCGGCCAUGUCAUUUGUUCGCCUUGUGUUACAAAGUUUAUGACUCCACAGGAUACGCCUGAUCCCCAUGCUUCCAAAGAAGAACAGGAGGCUCAUCGACGGAUAUUAUGUUAUGUUUGCGAAACAGAUCUUACGCCAGAUUCCAAUCUAGAGAAAGCGGACGGAAAGAAGAAAUCCAAGAAGAAGGAUAAGGAAGGCAUCAAGCCGGGCAUGGUGGAGAUCAAUUCCGAAGGCACGGGUUUCGCAGGCGGCGGCGGUAAUGUGGCUACGAAGAAGGGAGUAGCAUUCCAAUGUUGA